AUGGGCUGCCUCGCGGUCGCGCUGUGGCUCCUGGCGCUGCCCGCGCUGUGCAGCGGCGAGGACGAGGCCGCCCGGGAGCGCCUCGCCGCGGCGGCGGCCGCGCACGAGCGCGGCGAUUUCGCGUCCGCCCUCGCGGCCGCCGAGGCGGCCUGCGGCCUCUGCGCCGGCGGCGCCUGCGCGGCGAGCCGCGCCGCGCACGCGGAGCACACGCGCGGCGUCGUGCUCGCGAGCCUCGGCCGCAAGACCGACGCCGCGGCGGCCUUCGAGGCGUGCCUCGCGCGCGACGCGGCCCACGGCCACGCGGCGGCGGCGCUCGCGCGGCUCCGCCACUACGACCUCGGCGACGCCGCGGCGGCCCGCGGCGCCUACGCGGCGGCGCUCGCGUCGCCCGCCGCCGCCGACGGCUGCGCCGGGCCCUGCCUCGGGCGCCUGGGCCUGCUCAACGACUACGCGCUCGCGCUCGACGCGGUCGACGACCACGCGGCCGCCGUCGCCGUGCUCCGCGAGGCCCUCGCGCGGGACCCGACGUCGGUGCAGGCCGCGGGCAACUACGCCAUCCAGCUCCGGGACGUCGGCGACCUCGGCGGCGCGCUCGCCGCGGGCCGCCGGGGCCUCGAGCUCGACCCGAACUCGGUGCCCAUGCUCCACAACGUCGCGCUCAUCGAGCAGAGGCUCGGCAACGUCUCCGGCGCCGUCGACCUCUGGCGCAAAGCGCGGGACCUCGGCGUCGGCGUCUUCCAGCCCGUCGCGUCCCUCGCGCACCACGAGGGCUACCGCGGCAACAUCUCGGGAGCGCGCGCGCUCUACGAGGAGGCGCUCGCGAUCGCGCUCGCGCCGGGCGGCGAGGGCCGCGACCACGCGGACAGCGUCCUGCCGCACAUCUACGACGACGGCGACCACAUGGACCGCGUCUGGGUCGCCUACACGGAGGCCCUGCGGCGGCUCCUGCGCGCGCCGACGCUGCGCAUCGUGGACCCGCUCCACAGCACGGGCUCCGGGGCGCUGGGCUACUACCUCGAGCCGCCGCGGCGGCUCCUCGCGCGCGUCUACUGGCGCGGCGCGCGAAGCGACCUCGCCUGGCGCGCGCCCUUCCUCGACGCGCCGCGGGCGCCGGGCAAGCUCCGCGUCGGCUUCCUGUCGGCCUUCUUCUUCACGCACAGCGUCGGCCUGCUGACCGCGGGCGUCGUCGAGACGCUCGACCGGUCCCGGUUCACCGUCGCCGUGCUCCACGUCGCCGGCGAGCCCGAGGACGAGCUCACGGCGAAGCUCCGGGGCGCCGCCGACGUCUACGCGCGCGUCCCCGCGGGCUCGCUCGACGCCGCGCGGCGCGCCGUCGCGGCGCUCGAGCUCGACGUGCUCGUGUUCUGCGAGGUCGGCAUGAACACGAUGACCUACUUCCUGACCUUUGCGCGCCUCGCGCGGCGCAGCGCGCUCUUCUGGGGCCACGCCGUCACGUCGGGCGUCGCGCGGUCCGACGGCGAGGCCGCGGGCGCGGCCGGCGCCGCCGGCGGCGUCGACUACUUCGUGUCGUCGGAGCUCUUCGAGGCCCGGGGCGACGCCGCCGGCGGCCAGGACGACUACAGCGAGACGCUCUGGCUCAUGGAGGGCCUGACGACGCGCUUCCCUUGGCCCGUGGACCCGGACCCGGACCUGGAGAUCGCGGACGUCAUCGCCGCGCCGCGGCGGAGGCUCUACCUCGUGCCCCAGACGCUCUACAAGCUCCACCCGGACUUCGACGCCCUCAUCGCCGGCGUUUUACGAGAGGACGGCGACGCGCUCGUCGCCAUGCCCGAGGCGCAGCUCGGCGAGUGGACGGCCGCGCUCGCGGACCGGUGGGCGCGGUCCAUCCCCGAGGACGUCCGCGCGCGCGUCGUCUUCUUCCGGCGCCUCGACUUCCGCGAGUUCGUCAAGCUCGCGCAGCUCGCGGACGUCGUCCUCGACCCCUUCCCCGUCGGCGGCGGCCGGUCGUCGCUCGAGAUCCUGUCCACGGGCACGCCGAUCGUGCUCCUCGAGCCGCGGACGUCCGUGCUGCAGCUCACGCGCGGCAUGUACGAGCUCAUGGGCGACCCCUGCCCCGCCUGCGUGACGCAGACGCCCGAGGCCUUCGUCGCCGCCGCGGUGCGCGUCGCGAAAUUCGACUCCGCGCAAAUCCGCGCGCGGAUCCUCGAGCGCCGCGGCGUCCUCUACGAGAACGACGGCGUCACGCGCGAGUGGGAGGCGUUCCUCGCGCACGUCGCGGCGGCGCCGCGGCCGGCGGGCCCCGGCCGCCGCGCGAUCUUCGCGCGCGAGGCCCUCGCCGCCGCCGGCGCCCCGGGCUACGCGCCGCGGGACUUCGGGUGGGAGCUCGCGCCGGGCGGGGCCGUCGCGGCGCCGGACGUGUCCCGCUGCGCCUACGCCGUCAAGCUCAACCACCCGGACCCCAAGACGGGCGUCGAGACCCACUACCUCGUCGCCGUGCGCGACGGCGAGGACCCCGCGGCCGUCGCGGAAUCGCUCGGCGACCACAUCGGCGCCGAGGACGUGAAGCGGCGCUGGCUCGCGGCGCUGCUCCAGCACGGCGCCAACGGCGGCGGGUCCCGGUCCCUCGGCGCCGCGCCCUUCUCCCUCCCCGGCGGCGCCGCGGCGGCCGUCGACGUCCGCGAGGGCGACGACCUCCACCAGGCGGCCGCGUGGUUCGCGCUCCGCCGGGGCCUCGACGACGGCGCGGUCGACCAGGUCGCCGCGGAGCUCAAGCGCCGCUUCCCGGGCCACGGCGGCGCGCCCUGGCUCGCGGCGCGCUUCGCGCGCGACGCCGUCGCGGCCGCGAGGCGCCGCGGGCCCGAGGCCGCCGCGGGCGCGGGCCGGUGCGCGCGCGGCGGCGCCGGCGCGCGCCGGGGCUGGGGCGCGCCGCCGCCGCCGCCCGGCGCGCCGCGGGGCUGCAACGUGACGAUCGGCGUCACGACCUGCAAGCGCCGCCGCCACUUCGAGGCGACGAUGCGCGGCCUCGCGCGCGCGCUCGCCGUCGGCGACGUCGCGCGCCACGGCGCGGUCUGCCGCGUCGUCGUCGUCGACGACGCGUCGUCGCCGGAGGACCGCGCGGCCAUGGCCGCGGCGUUCCCGGCCUUCGACUUUCUCUACAAGAGCCCCGCGCACAAGGGCCACGCGCGGAGCAUGAACGCGCUCCUCCGCGUCGUCGAGACGCCGUACCUCCUCUACCUCGAGGACGACUGGCUCGCGGUCGACGGCGCGGCACCGCGCGACGUUGUGGGCGACGCCCUCGCCGUGCUCGAGGCCGCGGCCGAGCCCCUCGUCCAGGUGCUCCUCAACGACCAGUCGAGCCGGGCGUGCGCCUACGCGGCGCGGGACGGGUGCGACGCGGUCGGCGCCGCGGGCUGGCCCCGGGCCACGCCGGGCGGCGUGGCCUACCGGCUCCACGACUUCGGCACCGUCGAGCCCGGCCACGCGUUCACGUACUGGCCGGGCUUCACGCUGAACCCGGCGCUCUGGGACCUCCGCGCGCUCGCCUGCGCCUUUUUCGACGUCCUCGGCGAGGCGCCGGUCUUCGACCCGGACGACGCCGAGUUCGAGCGGUCCUUCUCCCUCAAGGCGCGCGACGCCGGCCUCCGCGUCGCCUACCUGCCCCGCGUCACGCUCGCGCACAUCGGCGUCGACGAGUCCGCCUACGCGCUCAACAACGCCAUGAAGAUCGCCACCAUGAGCGCCAUGAUCGCCCUCAUCGUCGGCUUCCGCGCCGCGCUCUUCGCCGAGGGCGUCUCGGAUCAGUGCGAGUUCCUCCCCCCGCUUAUCCCCCAGGGGGGUUCCUUGGCGAGCCGAGCCAGGUGCUGCGAGCUGCUCCCGGACGCGGACGCGUGCUCGGUCUCGUCGCAGUACGCAGAUGAGUACAACUGCAGGAACACGCUCGACGGUGAGUACGAUGAGGACGGGGGCUGGUACGCCAGGCAGACGACCGACCAGUGGAUCGCCUACGACCUCAAGGAGACGCACACCGUGACGGGCCGCGACGCGCUGCGCGGCGUCGAGGACGCCCUCCUCGAGCUGCACCGCGACUACCGCGCGAACGCCGUCGGCGGCACGAUGUACGCGCAGGCGCUCCUGGCCUGCCUCGAGGCCUUCGAAGCGCCGUCGGGCGCGAGGCGCGUCUGCGCCGUCUUCGGCGACGGCGCGCUCGACGACCUCGUCGGGAGCUCGACCUCGAUGACGAGCGCCGGCGAGUAUUGGGACGGCGUCUACUCCGACACCCAGCCGAACUAUGGCGACUCCAAGGCCGUCUACGACUUCUGCGCCGCCCACGACGACGACCUCGCGGAGUGCAGCGUCCCGCAUCUCGCGCUCUACGUCCAGAGCAGGUCCGCGCGGUCGCCGUCGACGGCGAAGACGGCCUCGCCGGCGGCGGUCUCGAGCGUCGCGGCGACGCCGGCCCACGCGUCCGCGUCGGGCGAGAAGCGGAGCGACACGCGGCACGCGUCGCAGGCCAGCGACGGCGCCGGCGUCGGGGGCGUCGAGGGGCCCGGCGCGGGCAGCGCCGUCGGCGCGGGCGUCGGCGCGAGCGACGGAACGUCCGUGGGCGCCGGCGCGGGGUGCGCCGACGGCGCCGCCGACGACGGGCGCGGGGACGGCAAGAUCGGGGCCGCGGUCGGGUCGCCGGGUGUGGCCGUCGGCGCGGGCGUGGGCCGCGGCGUCGGCGCGACGACGGGAGACGACGAGGGCGCGGGCGCCGGUCCCCCCGACGGCGCGGCCGACGGCCCGGAGAGGCAGGGCGCCAGCGACGACGCGCCGGCGAGCUUGAACGUCGGCGGCGGCGACGGCGCGGGGAGCGGCGGGAACGUCGCCCGGGGGAUCGGCGCGAACGACGGCGGUGUGGUGACCGUCGGCGCGGACGACGGCGAGUGGUCGAAGAUGGGGCCGUCGGCGCAGAGCGCGAGGAGGCGAAAUUCACGCGAAAAAACACUCCUGUCGCUCGACACUGGCGCGAGCGUCGGAUCCGGCACGAGGUCCCAGUCGCUCGCGAGGAACGUCGGCGCGGGCGCGGGCGCCGCCGUCGGCGCGACGACGGCCGCCGUCGGGGACGGCGUCGGAGCGACGGCCGCGUCGUCGCCGUCGACGGCGCCGUCGUCGUCGCCGUCGUCGUCGCUGCCGACGUCCACGGGCGAGGACCGCGUGAGCGUCGUCGGCGACGCCGACGGCUCGGCCGUCGACGGCGCCCGCGACGGCUCGCCGGACGACGGCCGGACCGUCGACGGCGCGGCGGUCGACGGCGCGCGGCUCGGGUAG